AUAAAACAGUAAUGACUUUGCGGUAAUUAACUGGUACUGUUACACAACACUGUUCUGGGAAAAGUCAGCCGGUCGUGCACGCGCAUUCAUGACAUCUAUUCAGUGCGCGCCCACUCUGUCGGGCAACAAGGAAAGUUGGGGAGAACCGGAAGUAGCACUUACAUCAUUACCAUCAUCCAGUCUGACAUUAUAGCCAGUGCAAAUGUGUUUUUUUUUUAAAUUUAACUUGAGUUUGCUGCCUGCUAUUUUUGCAAUUGGAUAGAGUUUGUUAUUAAAAAAAAUAAAUAAAUAUGACAUCCCUGGAGUUGGUUAGUGCUGUUAUAUAAGACUAUUUAUUCUGCAACAAUAAACAAACACAAAGACGGUCGGUCAGUCGUGAACGCGCACUCUCAUUCAGAGAUCCAUUCACUGCGCGUCCACGCUGUCGGGGAGUUGUGUGUCGGGGAACUUUCCCAGGAAACUAAAGUUGUGGAGAACCGGAAGCAGCAGGUUAAAAAGGGGAUUCUUAAAGAUAACACAGGAGGGAGGGCUGCUGAUUAGUUUGUCUGCCGAAUUAAGAAUAUUAUCGUGCUUAAUGGUUAAGUAAAAAUAAAGAUGGCACUGACCCAGGAUGCGGUUUUAUUAUUUUUAAUGUCGCGCGGCGGAAAAGUGACGAACCCGGAGCUCGUGAGCGCGUUCACGACGCACAUCAACUGCAGCGAGCCAGAGGAAAGAAGACGGAACAGGGAUCUGUUUAAGAGUUUCAUCAACAACGUGGCUGUAGUUAAACGGGUGGAUGAUGUCAAAUACGUCGUCGUGAAGAAGAAAUACCAAGAGAUGUUCAAUGCAGGAAAGUCCUCUAUAGCAUCAUCAUCAUCUCCAUCCUCCUCCUCCUCCUCCUCCUUCUCCUCAUCAUGCAUAACACAACAGAGAUGUUUUUCCAAAUGUGACUCCGUCUCGAUAACCAGUGCAGACGUUUUAAAUAACAAUUCCUGCUUUUGCACAAGUCCACCGGGCUGCUAUUUUCCCAAUUCUAAAGAUUUUUUUACAAAACAAAAGUUUCAGAUUAGACCACCUGAUAGUGAUGCUGUGAUUGCUACAGUCACUACGUCCAACCAGGAUGAAUCUUUGUCAGCUUGUGUACUCAAUGUAGCUAAUAAUACCAGAAAGGGCCAAAUGGGAGCUGUUUUUGCUGUUGUGGCUAUAAAAUCACCACCUAGUUCACAAGCUGAGAAGAUUAAACUCAACCACAGAAUACAUGCGUGUGAGCAGGGAGUCGAGAUUCCACAACAGCAAGAGUUCAAAACUGAAACUGAUAUAAACAAAUCACCAAGGAUAAAAAGGAGACAGACUGCGGUGCCUAGUUCACCAGCACCGAAAAGAGGAAACAAAGCCGAUAAACCUGGUUUCAUUUUAAAGAAAAGAGAACCAAGAGAACACGAGUGGCUUGUAAAGUCAGCAACGGGAUGCUGGAGUCAAAUCUAUAACCUCUUGCUGGAGGAUGAACACCUGGCAGAUAAGAGAAACUUUAUAUCUGGCUUCACAGUACUUCACUGGGCCGCCAAACAUGGAAACAGUAAAAUGGUGCGUAAAAUCCUUGAUGUUGGUAAGAAAGUUGAUGUGAACAUCAAGAGCCAUGAUGGUUACACACCUCUACAUGUUGCUGCCAUUCACAGCCACGUAUCAGUCUUAAAUUUACUGGUGCGUCAGUAUGGUGCCAGCUGCAACGUACGUGACAACAGUGGCAAAAAGGCAUAUCAGUACUUACACAAGGACCUGUCAGCUGAGGUCAGGGAGCUGCUCGGAGACCCUGCUGUUUCGUGUCAGGACGCAGAACACAUGUAUUCAGAUAAUCAGCACUUUUCAGAUAUGUCUAAAAACCAUAAUACAUUCAGUAAACUAUUCCAAGCAGGUACGGGACACAGGAAGAAAUCAAGACAUCAAUCAAGCUUCCGUUUAAUCAGAGAUGAACAGGAAGAGAAGAACAAAGACUGUACAUUAGGUCACUAACACUAAUGAAGUACCCAGAUUUGAGUUUAUGCUCAUUAAUGUGAUUUCUUAAUUUAAUUCAUAGUGAUAUUUAGAUUUAUACCACAGCACUGUUUCCUGUGCGAACCCAAACUCAGAUUAGUGUCUCUGUGGAGUUUUGUAUGUUCUUCCCCUUUCUGUGUGGAUUUCCUCCAAGGAUCUUCAGUUUCCUCCCACCUCUUAAAAACAUGCAAGAAGGUUGAUUUGAAACUUGGUGUCUUUCCCCAUUGUUCACAGUGUUCCUGGGAUAGACCUCAGAUCCGCCACCACACUGACUAGGAUAAAAUGCUUACUGAACCGGAAUGGCUGAUGAAGUUGACAACAGCAAAUGAUGAUCUAUUAAACUAAAGUAUUUUCCACUAACAUAAAUGAACUUCCCUGUAAAAAGCUGAUGCACUUGAACAGAUACCUUAUAUUUUGUUAAUUAUCUGAUAUUUAUUAAUAUAGUUAAAAUGGUGAUUUUUGUUUAGGUGUUUAACCAAAUUAAUUGUUAAAAAACAAAUGACUAAUUUGCUUAUAGUCUUUUCAGACACUAAACACUGCCGAGUUAUAAUCUAUUUUUUAAUUUUAUGUCUUGGGUAAAUGCCUUUAUUUAUUUUUAAAUGCAACUUAAGCAUUAGCCUUAACUAUUUUUUAUCAUCCACACAAAUGACGUUACACAUACGAGCAUCGUUUUCCCAAAACGAUGUGAGAAUCCUAUACUUUUGCUGAGUUUAAAAAUCACACGUAGAUUUCAUUUCAGAUAUUGCACUAUAAGUCUUGUUUACAUAUGACAUGAAAGUGUGACAAUUUCUCAUUAUAGCGUUAUUAUAGAAAAUAUGAGCUGAGUGCACCUGUCUGUGACUCUGUUUGUAGACAAAUUAAGAAAACUUUUAUUUUUUUCUGUGUGUGUGUGUGUGUGUGUGUGUGUGUGUGUGUGUGUGUGUGUGUGUGUGUGUGUGUGUGUGUGUGUGUGUGGAAGUGCAAAAAUGUCAAAGAGUAAAUUUUUCCUGUACGUUUUUCCUCUGAGUACUGAAAUGUUUUAGGCUAUAUGGAAGGAUGUGGGAACGUGGCCCAGAUGAUCAAGAGACACCCAAGACGCCACUGUUGGGCCUUUAGAUAAUAUUCUAAAUUGUAAUUAAUUUUGGAUAAAGGCAUCAAAUGAAUAGAUGUAAAUUUGAACAAAAUCUAAAGAAUAAAUGUACCAUACAUUUUUAUAACACUUGAUUCUUAUUCUGAACUGGUAAUGAAGUAACUGCUAGACAUUCGUUAGUUCUUAUUGUUUGUCCUUUAUUUUGUUUCUAAUUCUUUAAGAAUUAUAAAUUAGAAAUCAUGUGCAUAUUUUUUUCCUUUAUGAAUGACUGCUUGCUCAUUUCUGUCAUAUCUUAUUCUGUGACUGUGUGUGGGCUGUACUGAGAAACGUCUGGCUGAUUAUACUGGAGUCAAAGAACUAGUCAGUGUGUGUGGUGUGUAGGAAUGUGCUUCUUGAAUUUAUUACAUUUUGCUCGUAUCUAUGAAAGAAUGUUCUUUCUAAUAGAAUAUGCUCACAACAUCCUCUGUACACUUUAACAGAUGCCUUUUAAUAUUUACAUAUGAAUUUCUUUUUAUGGUACUAUGAAAUAUUAACAAUGAUAGAAUAAAUUUCUGUCAGCAACACAAGUGGUGUAUAAGUGGUGUAUUUUUGCAGUAUUACUUUUGGAUUUUGAAAUAUUUUUUCUUUAGUAAUAAACACAAAGAA